AUGCUCAACCGUCCUCCCGCUUUAGCCACUUCUGCGGGGGGAGCUAACGCAGCCCAUAGGCGGAAACGGUCCAUCAACAGGAAGGGCACCGGAACGCUCUCUUUACCCCUCCUCUCCCCUUCCGCCGCGUCGUUCGGCGCUCUCCCCGGCGCGGCUUCCCCCGCGGGCGGCGCAGCGGCUCUCGCGCAAGGCUCGCCGAUGGCGGGAGGAGGAUCGGGUAACCCGAUGACCCCCAUGUCGCCCAUGUUUUAUUCGUCGCUGCUGCCGCCUGCGUCGCCGUCCGUGCUGCACCUGGCGCUGCAGAUCGACCUGCCUCGAGACCACGUGGAUGCCUUGAAGGCAGUGCUCCAGGUCAUCGGCAACUUUGCCAACGCGGGCGAGCUCCAUCAGACGGCAGUGUGGGACCGCUGCUUCCCCGGCACUUUCUCGCGCCUCGCCACAGUGCGCUCCCCCGCGGUGCAGCGCCCGCUCUGCAUGGUGCUCUUCACGUGCUGCCGCGCCGUGCCCAAGCACGUCGACGGGUUGGGGGGAUCGAUGGACGGGGUCGCGCUGCUCGCGGGCGCGCUCAGGGCGCAAGGGGAGGCGCUCGUUGCGCGCGCGGAGGGGCGGGAUGGCGGCAGCGGUGGGGCUGUUUUCUCAGCUCUCCCGGACGCUGCCUCCAACGGAAUGGACGAGUGGUUGGGUCUGUUAAUUGAGAGGCUCUGCCUGCGCGCGCGGUACUUCGAGCCAGUCUUCAAGAACCUUCCCAACUUCUCGCCGCGCCCUGCCCUCGGGCAGGUCCGAGGGCUUUUCUGCCCGGAACAAGCUGCCUUGCUGUGGGUCCUAUGGGGCGCUCUUCACGCCACUGCAAAAGCGAGGGGGAUCCCAGUCAUCGACCUGCCUUCUGCUUCUAACGAGGAUGAUGGGAACUCCAAGGGCGAUAAUGCAUCAGAGGAGCCUGCGGCGCCUGGGUCAAGGUGGCAGGUGCAUGGGCUGCCUGAUAUAGGACCGGGGACUCUCAAGUUCCUUCUGACGGCAUGCAGAAACGCAGCAGUGGGUCUGGGCAAGGCCCGGGAGGAGGCUGGCAGCAAGGCGCUCACGUCCUCCUCCACGUCCUUCACGUGUCUGCAGCUCGUGCUCUGCUUCUCCCUCCGCUGCCUCCGCGUUCUUGCUGCCCAAGAGCCCUCCACCACCUCCCAUCCAGUAGCCUCAGACGCCACCCCUGCAGAAACCUCAGCAGCAGCAGGAGGAGGACAAGCUGCAGACUCAAAAUCAACGGCCGAGGAUGCUUUUGUUGCGAUCGGAGGGUCCGAGAUCAUCCCGAUGCUGCUGGAUCUCCUCCAGGGUGUGAGUCUGCCUGGAGGUUCAAGUGGGCAGAGUAAGGAGGAAGCAUAUCCAGGAUAUCGAUCUGAUUUGGUGUCGGUGCUUGCAAACGCGUGUCACCGCCGACCAGCGUAUCAAGACGCUGUCAGAAUGUAUAAAUGUACAGGGGAAAGAACAGAUGGGGAUGUCUCUGGUCUUGUGCUGGUUCUGAGACAGAUAAUUGCAGAGCCUGGUGGGGGUAGUGGUGGUAUUAAGGAAUGGGUGGGUUAUGCUGCGAGGUGUCUGGUGGAAGGGAAUGAGAGCAACAGGAGGGAGCUUGCAGCAGCAGUGCAGGCAGGUUCAGUUUCUCGAGAGACGUUGGAAGCUGCUGGUGUGAAGCCUUCUGGCCAGGGCACUAGAGGCCGCUCACAGGGAUAUACAGCUCGUGCCAGAGCUAGGAAGGAGAAGGGCGAGAGUGGUGGAGCGGUGCAAGCUGAUGGUGAAGCUGGGGAAGCUGCUGCUGUCCCCGUCUUGGAAGGCCUCAGUACCCGUGUCCGUGACUCGAAGAUUUCAGGCAUGGGUCAGCCUUGGGAUGCGGGCCUUGAAUCCCUUCCGAGCCUCCCGCCCUUCACAGCAGGCGCAUUUGAGUCGCACGUCAACAGGCACGCGUCCCGCCUUCCCGUGCCUGUCUUCCGUUCAUAUGACACGGGCCUGCCAGAGACCCUCUUUGAUGCACUGGAAGGGAUGGCCACAGAGGGAGGCGCAGGGAAUAUUCGAUACAAGGGUCGAUCGCGCUAUCACAUCUGGAUAGCAGACACCGAGUUGGACAUCGAGUACAAGCUAAUCUGUGUUCCUAACCCUGACAACUCUGGAAUUAUCCUCACUAAGGUGAAGCACAACUCGGUGCGCUACGCUGUCAUUGACAUCGCUCGCCCCUCCAGCGCCAUUGACUUCCGCCUGCUGCUGCGUCAAGGCUUUGUUCCCUCGAUGUGUGUUUGCCCUCUUGCCCUUAUGCGUUCCUUUCCCUCCUCCCUGCAUUACAUCCCUUUCUCUCCUCACAUCCCAAUUUCUGCUCACAUCCCUCCUCUUCACAUCUCUCCUCUUCACAUCCCUCCUCUUCACAUCUCUCCUCUUCACAUCCCUCCUUUUCACAUCCCUCCUCUUCACAUCCCUCCUCUUCACAUCCGUCCUCUCACAUACCUCCUCCUUACAUCCCUCCUCCCUUUCCUCUCUCCUAUUCCUUUCUCCACCCCCCUCCUAUCAACCAGGACGCCACUCGAUCUGCCUGACGCCACCCAGUCCGCCUGUGAGAGCGUAGCAUCGACAGCAGGCAUCGACAGGAGACGCCACCCGGUCCUCCAGGCAGGCAUCACAGCCCUGGCCUGGCCAUGCACCUCCACUGGUUCCCCUCCUCCCCCCUCUCACCUUCCCCCGUUCUGCUUUCCCCAGGACGCCACCCGGUCCUCCAGGCAGGCAUCACAGCCCUGGCCUGGCCAUGCACCUCCACUGGUUCCCCUCCUCCCCCCUCUCACCUUCCCCCGUUCUGCUUUCCCCAGGACGCCACCCGGUCCUCCAGGCAGGCAUCACAGCCCUGGCCUGGCCAUGCACCUCCACUCCACUGGCUUUGAUCUCACCCUUCCCCUCCUCUGCCCCCUUCACCCCUCCUCAGGAUGCCACUCGAUCUGCCUGUGA